CAUGGAGGCUAUUAUUUGAUGGACCACCCCGACCCCCCCUCGGACCUCUAUUUCCGUCUAAAACAACCCCGUUAUUUUUACAAACACCGAGGUCCAACACGGGACUGCGUAUGUCGCAGUCGCCUUGUCCCCACCUCAGCCCUUGCCUCGUUGUUUGCUCGUAGCAUCCACUGCUUCCAUCCUAUCUCUCUUCCUCUGGUCUCUAUCUGA